UUCCACACGGGGCUUAACACAUGAAGCCACAUGUCAAGCCAUGUCGACUCGUCUUCAACCUUAAAUCCGCCUUUUUUUCUCUUUCCAAUAGUUUCUUACACCUUAAGCUAAAACUUGCAUAAAUCUUCAAACCAACUCAUCCCAAAUUAUUAUAUCUUGACAAUUUUACUAAGUUCUAUCCUUUUUGUAUUCCAAACUGGGGAAUCAAGCGUCCAAAAAAACUACUACUAUGUCUUCUCAAAAUCCAACUCGUCCCAAAUUAUACCCAGAAGUUAUUGAUUCAGACCCUCCAUUGUCUACAAAUACACGAAAGAGCCCCUCAACUUCUUCUAUGUAUCCAACUAUAGACAUGAAAGAUCUAGCAGAAAAUCUAUUUCCAGAAACUGAAACCGAUCAACCAAAUCAAGACUCCAACUUUGUAUCACUAGAACAAGUGAUUGUCAAAAUCCCAGGUGCAAUUGUUCAUUUAAUUGACAAAGAACGUAGCAUCGAACUUGCUAGUGGUGAUUUCGAAAUUGUUCAACUAAAACAAGGUGACAACGUUGUUGCUGUUCUUGCACGUAUUGGUGAUCAAAUCCAAUGGCCAUUAGCAAGAGAUGAAGCUGCUGUAAAGCUUGAUGAAUCUCACUAUUUCUUCACUCUUAGGGCACCUUCUGAAGCAAAUGAUAAAGAUGAAGAGAACUUACUCAACUAUGGGUUAACAAUUGCAUCAAAAGGACAAAAAAAGGUAUUAAAGGAGUUGGAUUCAGCAUUAGAGAAGUACAGUGCAUUUGAAGUGGAGAAAGUGAAGAAGGAUAAAGGGGUUGUAGAAAAAUGGUGGAUGGCUCCAAAGGAUGUUUCACCAGAAGAAAUGGAGAAGAAAAAGGAUGAUAUGGAGAGGAGUUCUGCCGCGUAUUGGACAACUUUGGCUCCGAAUGUUGAGGAUUAUAGUAGUAGUGCUGCUAGAUUUAUUGCAGCCGGGUCGGGUCAAUUGGUGAAGGGGAUAUUGUGGUGUGGGGAUGUUACUGUGGAUAGGUUGAAAUGGGGAAAUGAUGUGUUGAUUAAGAGGAUGGGAAAAGGAAGUAGUUCUGAGAUUAGCCCUGAGGCUAUGAGAAGGAUGAAAAGGGUGAAGAAGACGACAAAAAUGUCAGAGAAAGUGGCAACUGGCAUACUGUCAGGAGUAGUGAAGGUCUCUGGAUUCUUUACAAGUCCUAUUGUAAACUCAAAAGCUGGUCAGAAAUUCUUUAGCCUUCUUCCAGGAGAAAUUGUGCUUGCCUCCUUAGAUGGAUUCAAUAAGGUUUGUGAUGCUGUUGAAGUGGCCGGAAGGAAUGUGAUGUCAACAACCUCAGUAGUGACAACUAGUCUUGUUCAACAGAGGCAUGGUGACCAGGCUGCAGAGAUGACACGUGAAGGAUUUGAUGCUGCAGGGCACGCUAUGGGGACUGCCUGGGCUGUGUUUAAGAUAAGAAAAGCACUUAAUCCAAAGAGUGCUGUCAAGCCCACUUCAGUUGCAAAAGCUGCUGCUCAAGCUAGCCUUGCUAAGUUGAAGACCAAGAAGAAGUGAUAAUGAUCUGGAUGUUCCAUCAACCAUAUCUUAACAUGUUCUAACUUUGCUCAAUUUGCACUUGUUUUAUCUAUUGCUUAUAGAGGUUGUCUUUGCUUGUAAAAUACUUUGAGAGAAUGAUGUAAUGUAUCUGAACUUUGAACUUGCUGGAAUGAUAGUAUCUAUUGGCUUUAUUACUA